AUGUUUGUUCUACUCCUGCUCAAUAAAGAUUGUUAUUGUACUAGCGAAGAUUAGAUUUUUGUUCAUUUUUGGCAUCGCAUUUUCUUUUGUAAUUUAUUUUUGCUGAAACUAAUAAUUAUUAUCUGCAUAACUACUUCCGAUUUUUUAAUUAUUUAUGUCUUUCACCAGUUGCAAAAUAUCUAAAGUGGAUUAAAAUAUACCUUUCUUUUGAUAAUUUAAGUGUUCAUAUUUAUUUUAAUUUUUAGCUUUAUCUGUGCUUAGUUUAUGAGACUCUUCAGAUUUUAUUGUUUCUGA